AUGGAGCCUGACUUUAGCGCUGGAUCCAAUUACUCUCUAUACAUGGGUGUCACCGAAGAUGAUGGCUAUCUCCCUGAAAAUGGUACCCAUUUUUCACCGUCCGAAGCUGGCCCCUCUUUUGAGGAAGAAGCCAUGAUGUCCAGAUUAGCAAGCAACAAGUGUUAUAAACAACUUGACCCAGUUCCAGUAGGUUCACUUUAA